AUGGGUGCUUGGAAGAGUGGUGGGGACGCUAGCGCUAUGUGGACGGCGACGGCGGACUGUAUAAGGGAGGCAGCAAGAGAGGUGUUGGGAGUUUCGAAAGGCUAUUAUGGCGGGCAUCAAGGCGACUGGUGGUGGAAUGACGUGGUCCAAGGUAAAGUAGAAGCCAAGAAAGCGGCGUACAUUAAGUUAAUAGAGAGCACCGACGAGGAUCAGAGAAGAGCGAACAGAGAAAGAUAUAAGGAGGCUAGGAAGGAGGCGAAAGUAGCGGUCUCAGAGGCUAAGACUGCUGCUUUUGGUCGGCUUUAUGAGGAACUGGGGCGCAAAGGUGGGGAUAAGAAGUUAUUUCGAUUGGCCAAAGCGAGAGAGAAGAAGGCUUGCGAUCUGGAUCAAGUGAGGUGUAUCAAAGACGAGGACGGUCGAGUAUUGAUGGAAGAGGCCCAGAUUAGGCCAAGAUGGCAGUCGUACUUCCAUAAACUUCUGAAUGAAGAGGGGGGUGGAAACAUCGUGUUAGGGCAAUUGGGGCACUCCGAGAGUCACCGAGACUUUAUGUAUUGUAGGCGCAUUAAGGUUGAGGAGGUCGUGGGCGCGAUGGGUAAGAUGAGUCGGGGCAAAGCGCCCGGCCCUGACGAGAUUCCAGUGGAGUUUUGGAGAUAUGCGGGUAGGGCAGGCUUGGAGUGGCUGACUGGGCUGUUUAAUGUUAUCUUCAAGACUAAGAGGAUGCCUGAUGAAUGGCGGUGGAGUACAAUGGUGCCGGUGUACAAGAACAAAGGAGAUAUCCAGAAUUGUAACAACUAUAGGGGUAUCAAGUUACUAAGUCAUACCAUGAAAGUUUGGGAGAAGGUGGUGGAAAUGAGGAUAAGGAGGGCGGUGUCUAUAUCGGAAAACCAGUUCGGGUUCAUGCCGGGCCGUUCUACUACGGAAGCUAUCCACCUUAUUAGGAGGUUGGUGGAACUAUACAGGGAUAGGAAGAGGGAUUUGCAUAUGGUGUUUAUUGACCUAGAGAAGGCAUAUGACAAGGUCCCUAGGGACGUCCUUUUGAGGUGUCUGGAGGUGAAAGGUGUGCCGGUGGCUUACAUUAGGGCGAUAAAGGAUAUGUAUGAUGGAGCUAUGACUCGGGUAAGGACUGUGGGAGGUGACUCAGAGCCUUUUCCGGUGGUUAUGGGAUUACACCAAGGAUCUGCGCUCAGCCCGUUCUUAUUUGCUCUGGCGAUGGACGCACUGACACACCAUAUCCAAGGAGAGGUGCCAUGGUGUAUGCUGUUCGCUGAUGAUAUAGUUCUGAUUGAUGAGACGCGAGGCGGCAUUAAUGGGAGACUGGAGGUAUGGAGGCAGACCCUAGAGUCUAAAGGUUUCAAGUUGAGUAGGACUAAGGAAGAAUAUGUGAAAUGUAAGUUCAGCAACGUGACGGGGGAAGCGGAGGUGGAAGUUAGGCUUGACUCACAGGUCAUCCCCAAGAGAGAAAGUUUUAAGUACUUAGGGUCAAUUAUCCAAGGAGAUGGGGAGAUCGAUGGGGAUGUUACGCACCGUAUAGGAGUGGGGUGGAUGAAAUGGAGGUUAGCGUCUGGAGUCCUGUGUGACAAGAAUGUGCCACCGAAACUCAAAGGUAAGUUCUAUAAAGCGGUGGUUAGACCGGCCAUGUUGCUGGAUAAGAUUCAGAAUGAAGAUAUUCGGGAGAGGGUGGGCGUGGCUCCCGUGGACGAUAAGAUGCGGGAAGCGCGGCUUAGAUGGUUCGGACACGUGUGGAGGAGAAGCCUAGAUGCACCGGUUAGGAGGUGUGAGCGGUUGACUUUGGCAGGUACGAGAAGAGGCAGAGGGCGGCCUAGGAAGUAUUGGGGUGAGGUGAUCAGGCAGGACAUGGCGCGACUUCAGAUUUUCGAGGACAUGGCUCUUGAUAGGAACAUGUGG